UAACUUUCCGACCACCGUCAAAGCACCGGUCUCCCUCCGGACUUCAAUACAAGACCAAUGGACGUUUCUCAAUUUCACGGUCUCCCCAAUGCCAGUUGCUCCCCUUCAAUUUCCCAAUGGAAAUCUCUGAAUCCAUGGGUUUCAUGUAAACAUUACCAGUCCUGUUUCUUCCACAAAGACGUAGUUGACCUGGGUUACUUACCGUUCAGUAGGGUUCAUUCAAGGAAGAGAUACCAGAUAAAUCUUUCUUUACUAGAGGAUGGAAGUCUAACUUCUAGCUCCAGAUUGGUUGAUCUUCAAUUCCUCUGUUUAUCCCAUCGUAAAUCAAGAAGAACGGGACACCUUCUUUCUUUUGCUUCUGUCGAUGACAGUAUAACAGUUAAUGGCAGUCCCCAAGCAAGUACUAGCGGUGAUAUUGAGGAAAUGCAGGUCGAACUAGACAAGUCGUUGCAAAAUGAAGAUUAUAACAGUGCACUUGUCCAAUCAUUGCAUGAUGCUGCAAGGGUAUUCGAAUUGGCCAUUAGAAGUCAGACCUCUGUGUCACAAUUACCAUGGUUCCCAACUGCUUGGCUUGGUAUAGACCAAAAUGCAUGGUUGAAGACCUUAUCUUAUCAGGCGUCAGUGCUUUCAUUGCUGCAAGCAGCAUGCAAGAUUUCAUCUCGUGGAAAUGGAAGAGACAGCGACAUGAAUGUUUUUGUUCGGCAGAGUAUGUCACGACUCUGUGCUACCUUGGAAAUUGUAAUAAGUGAAGCAUUAUCAGAGAAGCAACCAGAACUUUAUGAGUGGUUUUGGUCUGAGCAAGUCCCAAUGGCGUUGUCUGGUUUUGUUAAUCAUUUUGAAGAGGAUGAACGAUUUGCUGCUGUCACAGGAAUGAUCAAUAGAAGAACGUCAAGCGCAAUGGAUCCAGGCGAGAGUUUGUUGCCUGUUUUUGCUUUGAGUUGCAUUGCUGCAAUAACAAAACUUGGGCCACUGAAAAUUUCUUGCGCACAAUUUUACACUGCCCUUCCAGACAUAACUGGUAGACUGAUGGACAUGCUAGUUGAAUUAGUUCCUAUACGCAAAGCUUAUCAUUCCAUUAAGGAUAUGGGUCUACGUAGAGAAUUUCUAGUCCAUUUUGGACCUCGAGCUGCAGCAUGUAGAGUGAAAGAUGAUCAAGGCACCGAAGAAGUUUUAUUUUGGGUGAGUCUUGUGCAGAAGCAGCUACAGCAGGCUAUUGGUAGAGAAAGAAUAUGGUCAAGACUAAUAACAUCUGAAGGUAUUGAGGUUUUGGACAAGGAUUUGGCUAUCUUUGGAUUCUUCAUCGCAUUGGGAAGGAGCACUCAGAGAUUCCUAUGUGCAAAUAACUUUGAGGGAGUUCCUGAACCCUUUGAAGGAUUGAUCAGGUAUCUUAUUGGUGGCAGUGUGUUGCACUAUCCUCAGCUUUCAUCAAUAAGUUCUUUUCAACUGUAUGUAGAGGUUGUUUGUGAGGAACUGGACUGGCUUCCAUUUUAUCCAGGUGUUGAGAAUUUGAAGCUCUCACAUGGUCAUGGAAGUAAACAAGGUCCUCCAAACGAGGAAGCUAUCUCCUUUGCUUUAAAUGUUUGUUCCCACUGGAUUCGAAGUUUUAUCAAAUACAGCAAAUGGGUGGAGAACCCUUCUAAUGUUAAGUCUGCAAGAUUCCUUUCUAGAGGGCACAACAUAUUGACGAGGUCUAUGGAAGAAUUGGGCUUACCCAAGAAGCUGAUGAUUGAAAAUAGUGCUACAAAUAUGCUUGAGAUAGCUGGUUCUAGAAGUUAUGCUCCAUCAAGAGAAGAUCUGGAUUCUUUUGAUAAGGCACUUGAGAGUGUUGAUGAAGCUCUUUUAAGGCUGGAGGAAUUACUUCAAGAACGGCAUGUAUCAAGCUCCGAUCCUGGGAAGGAACAUCUAAAAGCUGCUUGUUCUGAUCUUGAGAAGAUAAGAAAACUUAAGAAAGAGGCUGAAUUUCUUGAGGCAUCUUUUAGAGUAAAGGCAGAUUCUCUUCAGCAGGGAAAUGAUGCUGGUCGUCCCGAGUCUUCUGUUAGCAACAAGAGGCAAUCAAAUAUAGAGAUGGACGGGUCCAGCAGAAAACCUGGUGGCUUAUGGAGCUUUUUGAUACGCCGUCCAAGCCCAAGCCCAACCCCAAACCUCCAGUCAGCAACUGUCUAUAGAAGCGACAAUACUCAUGUACCUGAAGCAAAUGAAAUCCAGCGAUUUGAACUAUUAAGAAAUGAGCUGAAAGAACUUGAAAGGCGAGUUGAAAGAAGUGCUAAACGUUCCAACAAUGAAGAGGAGGAGAUUAAUAUGGCAGGUGACCUGGUUAUGUACUCUGAUAAGGCCGAAGGGAUUCAAGUAAUUAAGGCGCAGGAGAAAGAGAAUACUAUCGGAAAGUAUUUGAAUAAGUUGAAAGAAACUACCACGGAUGUCUUACAAGGUACUCAACUUCUAGCAAUAGAUGCUGCAGCCGCCACGGGAUUGCUUAUAAGGGUCCUUACAGGGGAUGGAUUGAUGGAAAAAGAAAAGCAAGCUCUUCGAAGAACUUUAACUGACUUGGCAUCGGUCAUUCCGAUUGGCUUUCUCAUGCUUCUACCUGUUACUGCAGUUGGGCAUGCAGCAAUGUUGGCCGCUAUUAAAAAAUAUAUACCAUCCCUGAUACCGUCCACAUAUGGCCCAGAGCGGUUGGCUCUUCUAAGGCAACUUAAGAAGGUCAAGGAAAUGGGCACCACGGAGGUGAAUGCCACAGCGAAUGCUGAUGAAUCGUAGCCUGGAUGCAUGUCAUCAAAAAAGAAUCGUCUAACCAUCACGUCAACAAGACGGCUUUGUGAGGUAUCCUCAUUUUUCAUGUUGACCUGGUUAUGAAUCCGUUGAACAUAAAGCUGAGCAUAGAGAAGUUCAUUCGAGUGUCGGGUAAGCACCAAUGGCUAUAGACCUACGACAGUCUUGCAGCUGGUGUACCUGACUCAUGGUCCCUCGAAGAGUGACCGUUUUAUCCUCAUUGUUUUCAGAUACGAGAUGUUUAAGACUUUAACUGUACAGUUUGUCAUUUCCAUCUUUUUUACAAUGUCAUGAAGAAACCGAUUGUUGAGUGGUACGGUUUCCUGAUUCAUUUCUGUUACCUUACUGCUAUCAGAAUGCUCGGACGAUAUUCCAACCUCCACCACUGCAGAUAGCUUGUUUUCUUAAUGCCUAAAAGCUUUGAUCUUCUUUGUGCCAUAUAUAAUAUUUAUACAUGCCGUAAUUAUGCUUUGUGGGGGUUGUAUUAUGCUUUGAAGUGUUAUAC